CUACGCUAAGAUAUGGAACAUGAUCAAGCCAGAGAACAAAAUACAAAAAUUCAUCUUCCUGUUGCUGCUGCUGCUGCUGCUUCUGCACCACCACCAAAACCACACCACAAAUGUCCUCGCUGCAAUUCCACCAACACCAAAUUCUGCUACUUCAACAACUAUAGUCUCUCGCAGCCUCGCCACUUCUGCAAAACGUGUAAAAGGUACUGGACGCAGGGUGGAACCUUCAGAAACAUACCCGUUGGUGGUGGUUCCCGUAAGCCCAAACGUGCCAAAACAGAUUCUUCACCCUCCAAUUCACUCACACAACCACACUCCAAUUUCAAGAACCCUUCUCCGUCACUCUCCAUGCCUCACUCAACUAGCCCUUACCAUCAACUUGGAGGAGGAGGAGGAGGGUAUUUGUCUUCUCUGCCAACGCUUCAUUCUCUGACCCCAUCACAGCCUUUCAAUCACUACCUGAACGUUGCGGGCUCUUCUUCUAUUUUGCCUCUUCUGUCUGGCUUCAACGCUGCUGCUUCUUUUCCUCCUCGGUUUCAUCACGUGGGAAUCAGAGAGAGGGUGGAAUCUUUCUAUCCUGCACCACAGCGUUUGCUACCAUCAAACGUGUCUGGUGGCAGUGCUGCUGCAGCAGCAGCAGCACAAAGCUUGAUUACUGAUGUUUCGAGUACAAACCUUACGGCUGGUUCUGAUGUCUCUUUGUGGAGUGCUACUAUCAACGCCACUUCCAUCAGUGGAAACUCUGAUCGCAACAAUGUCAAAGGUGGUUCUUCUUCCUCUUUGAUCCCUAAUCAUUGGCUUCAUCCUCCAGGGUACCGUCCUCCUCAAUAA